AUAACGCCUAACGUUCCCUUACUCGACGCGUACCAAACUCCGCUCACCUGUUGAUCUUCUCGCACGCGACUAGUGUCUUUCAAUAAAUCCCAUGCCCAUGGCGCUUACCAUGACUCUCGGCCACCAGAACAAGAUGUACAAUGUCGUACAGCCUACUAAUUGUGUGAUCGUCCAAGCAGCGACGAAGAACGUCAUCAGCAACAAGAGGCCCCUAGCUCCUGCCCCUGAGAGGACCUCUGUUUUGGUGAACAACAAUAACGACUUGCGAUGCAAACGGAAAAUCCAGUUUAUGCCUUAUGGAACGCCGCCUCAGCAGCCGGCUUCCGUAGCCAGGAGGAAUGCCAGGGAGAGGAACCGUGUUAAGCAAGUCAACAAUGGGUUUGCUACCCUCCGAUCACACAUUCCUCCUAGUGUGGCCCAAGCUUUGUCCCCUCAGACUCCUCCGCAAGGCAGGGGAGCUUCCAAGAAGCUGAGCAAAGUGGAAACUUUACGAUUGGCUGUCGAAUACAUAAGGUCGCUCCAGCAAAUGAUAGAGGAUCAUGAAGGAGUGAUGACGAAGAACGAUCCCCAAGGUAUCAACGAUAACCGAUAUUAUACCAGCAGUCCUGACUAUGGUAACUCGUAUCCCGUUUUGUUGCCGACUCCUACUUGUUCUGAGGCUUCUCCUUCACCGUCGCCUUCUCAUAGCUCAGAAGGGUCCUUUUCCACCUCGCAAAGUUACGCCAACGCUUUGUACCACCACAGCGAGAAUUACGAAAAUUAUGACCCAAAAAGUCCAGAGGACGAGGAACUUCUAGAUGCUAUCUUCUCCUGGCAACAAGAAUAGCAAAUCUUGAUGAAGAUUUCCUGAGGCCAGUUGGAGAGUCUGAUCAAGAUUGAUCGCAUUAUAUUAAGUAACCAAGUGCCUUCCCAUUCCAUGGAGUGAUAUUUUUCUACAAUUUAUUGAUGAAUCUCAAUAGUUUAUCAGUUGUUUUGGUCUAGUCAUUGAACAUACAAGUGUAUAUAUUGUUUAUAUCUAUUCUAGUUUAUAGUUUGUUUCAUUGAGUAUUGAAACGCAAUAUGAUUGGUUGUAAAAUUUUUCAGGGAAAUUACUAGUGAUGUACCUAUAUCCAGAAAAUUUCCAUAAAGUUUUUAAAAUCAGAUUUUCUGUUUUCGAAAAAUAUGUAAUGCUUUUGCAAGUAUUUUGUUUUUCUGGAAUAGUUCACAGCUUUGUUUUUCGGGAUAAUAACCAUCACUAGAAAUGACUAUUGGUCAGUUCAUUUGCUGUGCAAACUAUAUGUAUAAGAUGUUUAAAAUGCUGCUGAAUUGUAUUUAUAUUUUUCUGAUUAACUUUUAGAACUUUUAUGUAAAUUGUUAGUCCUGUUGAAAAUUGGCUUUGCUGAUGGAUAUUGUUCAAAGUAGAUGAAAAAAUCUAGAAUCUCUUAUUAAAUUUUGUCGUACUGAUAGUGAAAACCUAUUUCAGAUGUUUCUAUAAGACGUUAGACUUUUUAAGUAACAUUACAUCCCAGUGCGUUGAUGCGUAUUUGUAUAUAUUUUUGAUACGAACUUUUCAAAGUUCUUGUACUGAACAAUAAAUUUAUAUAUUUUU